UUAUGAAGGAAUUAAACAGCAGAGCCCAAGGAGAGGUAACUAUAAGAGAGGCUUUGAAUGAGCUAGACCUAUGGGGAGCCAGAGAAAGAUUCUCUUUGACUGAACAUGAAGAUACUCAUGGAAACAAAGUUAUGCUAAUCAAGGACUGGAGAGAAGUACUAAAUAAGGUUGGUGAUAACCAGUGUUUGAUCCAGUCCCUCAAAGACUCUCCAUAUUAUAAGAACUUUGCAGACAGAAGUUCUAUUUGGGAAACACGACUGUCUACUUUAGAUCUGUGUCUGCAACAACUUAAUUUAAUACAGAGAAAGUGGGUAUAUUUGGAACCAAUUUUUAGCCGAGGUGCACUGCCAUCUGAAGAAUCUCGCUUCCAGGCUGUUAGUAACGACUUUAGGUAA